AUGGCUACUCUUGCUCCCAUUUUCAAGAAAGCUUACGGGUUGUUGUUCGCUGGGAUUGCUCUAUACACUGUGGCUUUGGUUGCAGUCACCAAUCCAUGGCUUCAACGGCAUGUCAUCUAUGUACACAAGCUCCACACGGCAUGGUGGGUGGAUAUCAAUAAGCCAGAACAGUUUGGUUUCGCAAAGAACCAAAUAACACCAUUCAACUUCUCAACACCCGAUGGAGAGACCAUCUACGCCUGGCAUGUAAUGCCAUUGGGACUGUAUGCAAAGCACGAAUCUGAGAUUAUACAGCAGCCCUCAGGAUGCGUAGAGGAUGUUACCAAGACGAAAGCAUUCCAACUCCUCAAGAAUGACCCAGAUGCUCGUUUGAUCAUCAAUUUUCACGGGGUACAAACCUAA